AUGGAGACUAAGGACGACGUGCUAGCCGUCAAGAUUGCCGAGAUCAAGCUCCGCAGAAUCGAGGAGCUCAAUGCCCGCUUGCAGUCCACUUUGCAGCGGGAACGGAUUCCUGCUUCCAGCUCGUGCACACUAAUCAUCAAGCACGUCCAGGAGACCCCCGACUAUCUCGUGCCCUACGUGUGGAAGCUUCCUCCCGAGCAGAACAAGUACAGGCGCUACCAGAACUUCAGGGCGUUGUCACGGCGCCACCAGCCACAGACAGGGUGCUGCUCCAUCGUGUGA